AUGCUCGACGUGUUCCGAUUAUACUUGCAUUCGUUUUUCUUGGAGUUGUGGUGUUGCCUUCGAAACGUCUUGGCGGCAACGGCGACGGCGCCUACCGACGAAGAACUGAGUGUGACGAACUUUAAGAUUGUUUCCUUUGCAGUCUUUCUGUACGCCUCGUCUCUAAGAGAGUUACUGGUCAUAUAUUCGUCCUCAGAGCUCUUUUCCUCGUAUUAUCGAUGGGGGUACGGUCUCUUCGAUAUGACGUGUAAAAUAUCUUGCUUGGCUGCUAACCAUUUACAGUAUCUGGCUUCUCUACAAGCAUGUGACAGUAAUAAAAUUGAUAGUAGCAUUAGUACUAAUAGCAUACCAUCCAUACGCGCUAACGAAAUCAUCAUAGAGAACGUGUCCGACGUCGUAGGCAUGUUUCCCUUCUUCACUAACGACGAUUAUUUUGGAGACUCGCAGAUCAAGAACAAAGAAACGAUGUUGCAUCACAUCGCGGACGAUAACCCGAAUGCGGCGGUGAAGAACCCACUGAAAGAAAAGACACCCGAGAGCAUUUACAAAUUAUUCGCCUCGAAUAACGACGACGACACGAUUAGUGACGACGAGCGCAGGUUCAUCUCCGAUGCCCACUGUCAGUUCGUCACCGUGUGGAACGAAAAAACGUACGAUAGACAUGUAGAGGAGAACACGUUAUCGGAUAACGAUCCCGCUGUAAAGGAAAGGUCGCAUCAAAGACAUCGCCGUCUGUUCAAUUUCGACGUCGAGGGUAACACAGCGGAGAAAAUCGACAAUGAGCCGUGGAGGAAGCGGUACGAUGCUGUCAUGAGAGUUAGAUACAAUUGGGGGUGCGAUAUAGUAAAGAAUCUAAAAAAUAUCUUCAAGGGUCAAGAGGGAAUAUUAAACACCAGCUUUGAUGAGCCGAGCAAUAUCGUAAUAUAUAGAACUUCUACGAGUAUAGUCCCUUAUCGAUACGGUGACCUCCCUAUGGACGUGGUGCCAUAUCGCCACGAAGACACGGGUCACAUAACCGACGACUAUACUUUAGAAAGCAUAGACGGUAUUAAUACAUGGUCAAGAAGGGAUUACCUUAACGCGUUUAUCAAUACAGUACAAUAUAUCCUGCGUGCAAGGUUGAAAAAUAUAACAAUGUUCGAUAAGUUCGAAAACCGAGCGUUAGGACAAAUGGACAACAUUAUGAAGAAUCUAAGAAACACCGAAGAUAAACACCGGUUCGACACACUCGCGAAUACAACGCGAAACGUCUUUAAUACGAUACGCUCACACUUGAAGGCCGAUAGUGGUAACCACUCUACGACUCUCAAGUUGGACGAUAAUACCAUAGAUGAAAUAUUUCGUGCUUUUAUUAGAGAUAUUCGUCUCGUAGAGGAGGAUGAACGCAGUGCAAUACACGAAGCUUCGAAAACCUGCGAUUCAACGGCGGUGCGUUUAUCGUCAAUAGAAGAGCGAUCUGAUCCAACACCGAUGGACGAAAUAUCGCCGAUAGACGAACCGUCAACGGCGCUCGAUAAACAUUCGACGGUUCAUCACCAGCAGUCGUUGCAACAGCAGCAUCAAAACAGUACGACAAAAGAAAAUGCCUUCGAUAACGAAAUGGAAUCAAUAAAUAAGAUAGUGAAUUAUAUUAACACACAAGAUCGCCUAACGGACGAUACAAUGAGAGAGAUGCACGAAGCGGUAAACGUUGCGAGAGUAAAACACGAAGAGCUUAAUAUGGAGAUACAGACAAUAAGAGAAGAACAACAACGUUUCGUAACCGAUGUGAAAGACAAAUACGAGAGGGAAUACAACGAGACGGUACACGAUAUCGACACACACAUACGCGAUUAUACGACAGAACAGCACGCGAGCCAACUACGCGAUAGACUGAAUACAAUACAGAACCUUUAUCCGAGAAACAUCUCGACCAACAAUCCAUAUGCAGAUAUAAACCAAGAAGUUAAAGCAAUAACCUCGUUACGAGACAGACUCGAAGACGUAAUUCAAAUUAUAGAUACUGAAAAAAUAAACAUAAAAUCGUUAUCUAAUCAACUGAUUCAAGAACACAAAAGGCGAGUAGCACCCGAAUACAAGGAUCUUGAACAUCACAUGAACAACGGUAACGACCCAUAUGGCGAUACACUCAAGAAAAUCGCACACCGCAUACAUCAAAUAAACACGGCGAUAGCGGAGGCAGACAGCCACAAGACGAGUGUUGCGGAUGCGGUAGAACUAGUGUCUAACAUAAACGACAGCAUAAGAAGAGAAAAACAAUGCGAUAUAGCAGAUCUGAGAUCAAAGACCUCGACGGUCAAGAAGAAGAAACGUGAGGUAGAGCGCACCGUGACAUCAAUAGACCUAAAACUUAUCGAAGCAAAAAAAAAUUCAGAGGCGGUGGAAGAAUUGGUGCAGAGCGUCAUUAUAGAGAUGUCUAGUUUGAGAUCGCGUCUAGAAACAGCACGAGCGAUCACUGAGAGCGUAUUCACGAACGGUAGGAAAGAAGAGAUAAACAGAGUAAAGACAAAGAUCGAAACAAAAUACGGUGAGGCGAUAGAACUGUAUAACGAGGCAAUAAAAAAGUUGGAGAUAUUGGAUACAAAAAUAACGGAUUUGGAACAAGCGUCAUCGUCGAGAGUAAUAAAUACGAGACCAGAAGGGGUUGUGGAAGAAUCCCACCACCCAAACCACUCUCAUCAACAAGACCGACCUAUCCUAGAAGAGCGACACAUAACACAACAGCAACAUCAACCACAACAACGUCCAGAAUAUCAUGAUCACUUUCAUCAGCAGCAACAACCCACCCUAAAUUUACGAGAAGAACGCCAACCACACGUAUUACAACAGCAACAACAUCAACCUCAACACUGUCCAGAUCGCCACCGUCACCGACAGCAACAACAUCAACCUCAACCUAUCUCUAAUAAAGACUUGCAACAACAACAGCAAUAUACACAACAACAUACACAACAGCAGCAUGUGCCAGAACACACACACCGGCAACAACAAUGUGUAAAACAUCAGCAGCACCUACAGCCCCAGUACCAUCUGGCAGAAGAGACGGUACUACUACCACCAUCGUCGAAAGAAACAAAACCGAUAGGAGAAGAGGCCGCGGAGACAGAAACGGUUGCAGAGGAAAAAAAUGAAGGACGGUCACAGCAACAGGGAGAAACAUUAGACAUGGGGAGGAAUCUAGAGCAACAUACACAACAACAGCAUGUGCCAGAACACACACACCGGCAACAACAAUGUGUAAAACAUCAGCAGCACCUACAGCCCCAGUACCAUCUGGCAGAAGAGACGGUACUACUACCACCAUCGUCGAAAGAAACAAAACCGAUAGGAGAAGAGGCCGCGGAGACAGAAACGGUUGCAGAGGAAAAAAAUGAAGGACGGUCACAGCAACAGGGAGAAACAUUAGACAUGGGGAGGAUUCUAAAUUUGUGCAGUGAUAUCCAGAAAACGUACACGAGCAUGGAAGAAAUCGAUAAAGAAAAAAUAGAGACAUACGUAUCGAAUCUAAAUCUCAAACUCAGUAGAGAAAUAACCGACCUCGAUAAAGAGCUAAAAGAAACGAGUGAUCCGACUACCGUCCUGAGGCUAUACAGGACAUAUAGUAACAUGACAGGCGAAUUCGACCGAAACCAUAAAUCUCUAGACGCGCUAUUGUACGAGCCUAAGAAAUAUCGAGAGAUCCAAGGGAGAGCAAAUGACAACGACAUGUCUAAAAAAUUAAUAGACGAGAUGCAUUCCAGACACAUAGAGCGUUGCAAUGCUGCGAGAGCUAAAACUAUAAAGAUCGUGGAAGACGUCAUCGCCGAACAUAACAAUCAGAUUAACGACAGGUGUGAGAAUCGCUUACGCGAAGUAGGCGAUAGCAGUAAAGAUCCCACGAAACCGCCAGCUCGAGAUACACUGGCAUUUUAUGCAGACGUUACUAGAAUGUACGACGAAAGGAAGGAAGACCUCAAAAACAUAAAAGCGAAAUAUAUAUCCGAUCUGAACACUACACUCGAUGCUAAUAUAUCCUACCUCGACGAACGGUUAAAAACCGCGAACGACACGACUACUGUCCUGGGGCUACACGCAGAAUACGGUAAGAGGACAGACGAAUACGAUCUAGGCUAUAAAUCGCUAGACGUCCUGUUGUACGAGAACAGCGCGUAUAAAGAAAUCCAAAGGAGAGUGAGUAACAACGAAACAAAGACGGGACUAUUAGAUCAAACACAACUGGCUCACGUAAAGCACUGUGACGCUGUGAGAGCCGAAAUUAUAAAAAUUAGGAACGACACCAUUGCCAAACAUAAGGUAACGAUAGAUCGCAAAUGUAGUGAUCGCUUACGCGAAAUGAAUAGUAGCGAUACGUAUAGCUCUUCUAGUGGAGGAGAACCCAUGGAACAUGAAUCGUCAAAUAACCAUGCAAGUGGAGGAGAAGCAAUGGAACAAGAAUCGUCAAAUCGACCAGUGUUGUUGGCCGACACCGGCGGCAGCAACAAUAACAACAACAAUAAUAGCACGACCGAUCCUCAGACAGUAUUAGAUUUUGCUAGCAUGAUGACAAAUACUAUAAUCAAUAAUAGCAAUCAAGAGAUUCCCGACGAGUCAAAUGUCAACGUGAUACUGUACGAAAAUUCUCCCUCCCACCACGUCAAAGAAUUUGCGAAGUACGCUCCGAAAGAUACAAAGCGACACGAUCACCUCACCGUAGAGAGCGUUUCGGAGUAUGUAGAGCUCCUGUAUCGCAAGAAAAAAAUAAAAUACCUGCAUCCCUUACAUUUUACUACCCUGUUUUCCGAUUCGAAUGCGAUCUAUUCUUCUCUAGUGCAAGUGUCACCUAUGCGAGAAAGAGAAGCUAACGAAGCGGUGUGCAAGCUCAAAACUUCUCUGAUAUCAGACCAAGGCGAAUCUUCGUCAAUAUUAAACGACGAAGCGAUCGUAGACGAAGUCGCUGUAAAUCUCUAUCGCGCAUUGAGAAGAUGCUCUCUCGAUGCUCUCUUUGCGGAUCCCGGCGCGUAUUCGAUAAUCGGGAGCGUGUUGGUCGAGCGAAACGUGGACGCCGACAUUAGAAGCGACAGAAACUCGUCUCCUAAACUCUUGAAUUCGCUAAUAGCCAACUGCAUAUACUACGAUACGGAUACGGUAUCGACGAUCGCCGCCAUAAUAAACGACAUCUGCACAACGAUUCAAAACUACUCUAAAGUCAGAGAUAUUUUCGACAUCAUCGCGAUAGGCUCGAUAACGGCAGUCGAGAAACUGUGCUGUCGAUACCUCCACUCCGCCGAGCUCCGUCGACCUCGAUAUGGAGGACACGCAGAAUAUGCUACCAGCUCCCCUUCCUAUCCGUGA